AACCUCGAUACACAACAGAACAGUUAUGACAGAAGUGGAAGGGAAGUCGUGUAUUGCCAUUGUCGGAGGUGGUUUGGUUGGAGCAUUAGCUGCUUGUUUUUUCGCUAAAAGGGGUCAUCAAGUAGUCAUUUAUGAAUAUCGAUCAGAUAUACGAAUGGAAAAGUCGCGUGGUCAAAGCAUCAACCUGGCACUGUCAUACCGUGGCAGAGAAGCUUUAAAAGCAAUUGGUCUCGAAAAUAUUUUGGUAAAAUGUCAUGGUACUUGUAUGCGCGGAAGAAUGCUCCACGAUAAAGACGGCAAUUUGAAAGAAGUUCUUUAUGACAGCGUCAAAGGAAACUGCAUUUAUUCCGUUAAUAGACGAUAUCUCAAUGUGGUUUUAUUGGACGCUGCAGAAAAAUAUCCUCAAGUACAACUCAAUUUCAAUAGAAAGCUCGUAGAAGCCGAUUUGGAGAAAGGAAAGAUAAAGUUCUUAAAUACUAAUACAGGGGCAAUUGAAGACGCGGAAGCUGAUUUGAUAAUUGGUGCCGAUGGCGCGCAUUCGACAGUACGAAAAAUUAUGGCUAGGAGGCCGCUCUUUAAUUGCGCUCAAACAUAUAUCGAACAUGGAUAUGUGGAACUGUCUGUGCCAUGUAAAGAACACAAUGAAUUUGCGAUGAACGGUAACAAUCUUCAUAUUUGGCCGCGUGGAGAAUUUAUGAUGACCAGCCUUCCGAAUGAGGAUUGCACGUUUACUGGCAACUUGUUCGCUCCGUUUUGUGUGUUCGAAAAACUGAAGACGCGCGAAGCAUUGUUGAGCUUUUACACUGAGCAUUUUCCGGAUCUUCUGCUAUUGAUCGGUGAGGAGAAACUAGUGGAGCAGUUUUUCGAAAAAGAACCGCAAACUUUAAUAUCAAUUAAGUGUAAACCUUAUCAUGUUGGGAAAACUGCUGUUAUAGUUGGAGACGCCGCUCACGCUAUGGUACCUUUCUACGCUCAAGGAAUGAAUACUGGUUUCGAAGAUAUUCUAAUGCUCGAUGAAUUAAUGGAACGCUACGAUUCAAACUUCGAAAAAAUUUUGCCAAAAUUUUCGGAAUUACGAUGCGACAAUGGGCACGCAAUAUGUGAUCUCGCAAUGUAUAAUUAUACAGAGAUGAGAGAUUUAGUGACGAAAAAAUCUUUUCUUUUUCGAAAGUUCUUAGACAAAGUUUUAUUUACCCUUGUUCCCAAUUUCUGGAUACCGCUUUAUUUCGCCGUGCAGUUUACUCGCAUGAGUUUUCGUGAAUGCAUAGCACACAAAGAGUGGCAGGAUAAGGUCGAUCAUUACCAGCUACGAUACAUUUUUCAACAGUAACCGGUAUGGAAAACGUACUGGACGAACGCCAAUAAAGAACAGGGAUCAAUAGCGAGCCAAUAACGAGACCGAGAUUCAUAGGAAUCGCACUCGACACGAGGUUCGAUGA